CGACUUGUAGUUGGUGCUUUUUUACAGUAUACUCUGUAGUUAGUGUUCCGUGGAAACUACGAAGUGGGAACAUUAUUUCGUGUGCAGUGGUCAAAUCUUUACGAAGAUUACCUACAUUGAGAUUACCUAAAUUCAUUGAUUGAUUCAUCUAAUUAAAUUGUUAAGAAGGAACAGCUGCAAUGUUGUCGCGAGCGUCCUCGAUAAAUGCUCAAACAUUGCGUAUAGGUUUAAGAACCUUGGCAACAUUCUCACAACAAGAGCCUCCGCAACCUAUUUUAAAGACUCCAGUACCAGGACCCAAAUCGCAGCAAUUGCUCAAGGAGUUAAACGCUCUCCAUCAAGCAGGCGCUGUACAACUAUUUGCAGAUUAUGACAAUAGCAUUGGCAAUUAUUUUGUAGACGCAGAUGGUAAUGCAUUUUUGGACGCUUUUACACAAAUUUCUUCAUUGCCACUUGGAUAUAACCACCAGGAAUUGUUAAGUGCUUUUGAUGACCCACAUAAUCUUAGAUCCUUAGUAAAUCGUCCUGCAUUAGGGGUGUUUCCUGCAGCUGACUGGCCUGAAAAGUUGAAAAGCGUAUUAUUAUCUAUUGCGCCUAUGGGUCUGAAAAAUGUUGCAACUAUGAUGUGUGGCUCUUGUUCCAACGAAAACGCUUAUAAAGCAGUUUUUAUUUGGUAUCGUACGAAGCAGCGCGGGGGAAAAAUUGACUUCACACCUGAAGAGUUACAAACAUGCAUGUUGAAUCAGACGCCAGGCUCGCCUAGGUUGUCGAUGUUAUCUUUCGAGGGCAGUUUUCAUGGACGCACAUUUGGGACACUUUCCACAACAAGGUCGAAAGCCAUUCACAAGGUGGAUUGUCCCGCAUUUGACUGGCCCGUUGCACCAUUCCCUAGAUACAAAUAUCCUCUUGAGCAAUUCAAAAGAGAAAACGAACAGGAAGACAAAAGGUGCCUUGAGCAAGUCGCCGAUGUAAUUGAAAAGUAUAACAAAAAAGACAUUCCUGUCGCUGGAAUAAUUGUAGAGCCGAUUCAAUCCGAGGGUGGUGAUUAUGAGGCUUCUCCGGAGUUCUUUAAGGAACUGCAAAAGAUUAGUAAAGAGAAAGGAGUAGCACUUAUUAUUGAUGAAGUGCAGACAGGUUGUGGGGCAACAGGUAAAAUGUGGUGUUUUGAACACUUUGAUCUGCCUGUAGCGCCAGACAUAGUUACCUUCAGCAAGAAAAUGUUAACCGGCGGCUUUUAUUUUGCUCCUGAAUUCAAGGCUCCGCAACCUUAUCGCAUCUUCAACACAUGGAUGGGUGACCCUGGCAAGCUCAUCUUACUGGAGCGAGUAUUAAAAGUUAUUAAGCAAGAAAAUUUACUUGCUCGCGUUAACGAAACUGGAAAAAUACUCAAAGGCGGGCUGCACCAACUGGAAAACGAGUUCUCUAGUAUCAUAAACAGCGUGCGCGGCCGUGGCACCUUCUUGGCGUACAAUGCGAACACAGCCGAAGUUAGAGAUAAAAUAAACAAUAACUUAAAGAAAAACGGUAUUUUGGGAGGAACCUGUGGAGAAAAGGCUAUUCGACUUAGACCAGCCUUGAUCUUCCAACCGAAACACGCGGAAAUUUAUUUAGAUGCACUGAGAAAAACCUUGAAGGAGCUGUAAACCACAAUAAUAAUAUUAUAAUUAGAUGUGACUAGCACAAAAACAUUCCUACCCCAUGACAAGGAUAUUAUUGUUACAUGUGUGGUAAAUAUUUAGCAUUUAGUUAUCAAAUGCAUCAAAUUACGAUAUAAACUUACAAUAAUUGUAUUUUAGUAUUGUAUAAUUAUGGAUAUGAAAUUAUAUUCAAAAUUAUUCUUAUUGCCAAAGAUAUAUCUAUUGUAUAUAAUGCAAACCCUACGUGCAGUUAAAUAUUAUAGUAGAUAUUAGAUUAGAUUAAAACUCAAUUAAACCAACACGAUGUCUUCCAAAUAAAUAUGGUCUUACAUAUUAUAUUAUUAUUAACAA